CGAUUUAUUACACAUGACCGGAAGCGACUGCGGUUACAAUGUAAACAAAACAUUGCUCAGAACUGAAUGAGUUAAAUUAUAUUCGUGUAAGAGGAGCUAGGUGUUUUGUCGACUGAUAACAUGAAGAGGGCAAGAGUUAGUAACCCUAGCAACUACUUAUACCUGAGUCCGGAUGAUAUACGCUUCUCCCAGGACACUAUCGCAGCCACAUUUGCCAACGGAAAGGCCAUCGGGAAAACUUUAGAUGCACUUGUGAGAAUGGAAGUAUUUAUAACAGAAAUUCCACCCAUCUCUGUAGCUAAGGAAAACGGUGUCUUUUUCACAAGGAACAACCGGCGACUGUGGGUGUACAAACAGCUGGCUGCGAUGAACAGAUGUAGUUUUAUCCCUUGUAUCAGAGCACACUUUGUUCCAAAAGAGCAGUUAACGACGGAGAUCGGUGGGCAUGAAAUUAUUGUACGUGGUGACCAUCACAGUGAAACAUUAGCACAGUUUAAUGUCCAGAAACGUAAGGAAAUGUUGAAGAAGAUUCGCAGCAAGCAAAUAACAGACGAUGUCCCGCGUGGGACAUUUAGACCGAGAUUUGAAUUUAUGAAUGAUUUGAAAAGGAGAAAAGUGAAAGGAAAAAGAAAACUAGCACCAAAGCCGGAAGUUCUGAAAGAAACAAAGAAUCAAACAUCCGUCGGAGACAUACCGGCCUCAAUAAACACUUCGCAAGACGACGAGGUUGAACCAGUGACAAAAGCUAGAAAAAUAGAUGAAAACAUAAUUUCGGGCAAUCCGCCAGAGUUGGAGGAAGUACCCUCUUCAAAGGAUGGAUCUAACGACGAGUGUGAUACAAAAACAAAUGUGAAAAAGACCGAGGAACUUGCGGCUGAAGCUGUGGAUGUGACUGGCGAUAAAAUUGAUUCUAAGGGAGACAAAGGUGAUAAAUAUGACUUUCAAAAACAUGCCUUUAAGAAACCUGAUACAGACUUUGCUUCAAAUAAAGAAGUAAACAGUGAUGAACUUAGCAAAGACUGGGUUGUUAUUGAUCAAACUGGUGACAGUCCUAGGGAUGAUUCGUGUACCAUUGAUAUCAAGAUAACAGAUAAACAAACGGAUACAAAUCUGUUUAAAUUUACAGCUGGCAGCAAACCUAAUUCCAUUUCUAAAAAAUCCGGCGCUGAUAGAGCAAAAUCUAAAUUAUCAAAACCGAAAAAUCGUAGAGGUCGUGGAAAAUCUUGUUAUCCUGCGAACAGGCGCGUAAAUCGUCGUGGGCUUGGUAGGGGAGGUAACAAUGAAGUUUCAAAAUCACCGUAUAGUCAGCCUAUCCAUUCGAGUCCAAAUAAUUUUGUUCAGCCACAACGAAACCAUUUACUUCCACUACCCUAUGUUGGAAACGUUAAUUCACAAUAUAAGCGGGAUAUUAAUGCGUACGGAGGCAAUCGCCUUAGUUAUACGGAAUAUGGACAGUUUGAUAACCGUGUCCCUACAGACCGUGAACAGUAUGGUCACCGUGUCCCUACAGACCGAGAUCAGUAUGGUCACGGUGUCCCUAUAGAACGUGACCAGUAUCGCCCUACUGUACAUUAUCCUGGGCACAACGAGUAUCUCGAGGGUUCAUUCGAUGACCACAUGCUACAUUGCCAUAGAUAUUAGAUUCCCUUUGACUUUAGUCCGCUCUAACGGAGUUGUAUUCAAAAUUGUUUCGUUUCAGUUUAAAAUGUCAACAUAGGGACAGCUCUCUAUCAAAUUCCUUGCAAUAUAUUCUUUUAGAAUUAUUCUGAUUAGUUAGGCGUACGUUUGUUUUUAUCUCGACUAUUCAACUUGAAGAGCGUUCACUGAAACCAUUUUGUCAUUGUACGCAUCCACGUCACGAAUGAGGUUAAUGCACGUUAGCAGGUGUCCCAAACACUACUCAGGAAAACGCUUUCAAACUUCAUACAUUUCAGUAAUAUAAUUAGGUUGCCUCAUAGUGUUUGUGCGGUCAGCUUAUAUAUCUGCUCGGCCAGAUAAUGUAUCUGUGUGGCCAGCUUGUAUACAUGUAUGGCCAGUUUAUACAUCUGUGCCACCAGUUCAUAUGUCUGUGCUGCCAGAUUGUAUAUAUGUGGCCAGCAUAUAUAUCUGGUUGGCUACCUUGUAUAUAUAUGUAUGGCAAGCUUAUACAUCUGUGCGAUCAACUUGUAUAUCUGUGCGAUCAGCUUAUCUGUGCAGGCAGUUUGUUUAUGUGUGCGGCCAGCUUACACAUCUAAGCGACCAUCUUAUAUAUCUGUGCGACCAGCUUAUAUAUCUGCGCGACCAGCUUAUAUAUCUGUGUAGCCAAAUUAUAUAUCUGUGUGGCCAGAUUAUAUAUCUCUGCAGGCAGCUUGUUUAUAUGUGUGGCCAACUUAUACAUCUGUGCGACCAUCUUAUAUAUCUGUGCGAGCAGCUUGUAUAUAUGUGUGGCCAGUUUAUGUAUCUGUACAGCCAGCACAGUUUAUGUAUCUGUACAGCCAGCACAUAUCUGUGCAGGCGGCUUGUUUAUAUGUGCGGCCAACUGAACUUGUGUAUCUGUACGGCAAUCUUAUAUAUCUGUAUGACCAGGUUGUAUAUAUGUGACAUGCUUAUACAUCUGUCGGGUUAGCACAUAUCUGUGCAGCCACCUUGUAUAUAUGUGCGGCAAACUUAUAUAUCUGUGCGGUCAGCUUAUAUAUAUGUAUGACCAGCAUGCGUGGCCAGCUCAUAUGUAUGUGCGGCCAAUUUGUAUAAAUGUAUGGCUAGCUUAUUUGUCUGCCUGUUUUGCACGUCCGUAUUACUCUGUUUUCGCCCAAGUUUAAUCUCUGUCACCUUAAUUUUGAAAUUAUUGACAAUAAUUUGAAUUCAAUAAGUCUACCUCAAGAGUACAUGUGAUAUUUAAGCACCAUUUACACCAAAAAUUAUCAUAGAAAUGAGCUACUUGUUUUGUUUACUAAAAAACUUGUUAGGUCAUGCAUUGUAUUACAGUACAGUGUUUUUUGUAAGAUAUAAAAAUACGAUGUAAAAGUAUGAUUUUUAUAAUGUUUACAGAUCUAUUAGUUUUUAAACCAGGUAGCCAAAGCAAAACAGGCAUAUUUCUGUGGUAACAAAAUAGAAAUGAUGUAAAAAUAAAAUCUAGUACCUAUCAUCGUAACUGCAGCAGUAAACUAUUUUCAUGGUAAUGUAUAUCCAGUUUGUAUGACCCUUUAUCGUACAUAACGGAGGUUCUCCGCAUUACUCACAAUAUUGAGAAAUAAUUCAUCUAUAUGCAUGUAAUUUUAAUGAAGCUUGCUCUCAAAUAUGUUUGCAAUACCAAAAAGUGUGAGCGGCGUCCUAUCGUGUCUGGCAGAGCGUCUCUGUACUGAAACUUUACUGUAUACAGAAUAGAUGUAGAAUAAUUUUUAUGUUAAAUAUUCUAUUCAGAAUACAUGAAGACAUAACAUUUAAAAGAGACAGUAAGAGUGAGGUCUAAGUGAGUACCAAAAUACUUAAGUAAUGAGAUAAGUUGGCUGGAAUAUACAUAAAGAAUAUAUGUAAAUUGUUUAUCAUAGUUCAUGUGCAUUGCAUGUCAAUAGAAAUAGACAUUUUAACAACAAAAAGUUACAUUAUUAAGUAUAGAAGUACGUCUAAUAAUUCAAAGCAGGAAUUUUUCUUAGUUAAGUUCUCGGGCUGUUAACAGGAAUGUUUGAUGAUUUAAUUAAUCUUCAGUAUAAUUCUCGUAAUUUUCCUGACAUUGUUUUUGUCGGCAGCAAUACAAGCAAUACAAUGUAUUUCAUUUGUAGAAGUGCAUUACAAAAGUUAUUAAAUUCGGUUCUGUGUAACUAUUUCUUUACUUUAUACAUUUUGUAUUUCAACCAGUUUGUUUGUUGCCACUACAUACUAAUUUGUCACAAUAAUAAAAAUCUGUCUGUAAAAAUUUGGGGAAUAAACUUGUUCCAUUCA